AUGAUCGCUGAAGAGAAAGGAAUCUCCCGUGUUGAAGCAGACGAGGAGGCCGCUAUCGGCAUUGAUAGCCACGUUCAAGCUGCAAAGCACCAAAGCCGGACCCAUCUCUCUUUCCGCAAAGUCCAGCCUGUGGAUGUCCACGUGAAGGAGCUUGUUGUUCGAGUUGACACUGUCCCACCAAUAUGGCAAAGCUCCCCGUCUUUGCUAUGGGAUCGGCUACGGAGGAAGACGAAGGGGGAACCCCUCAAAACUGUGCUUGAUGGAGUCACCGCGGCGAUGCCGAGUGGGAGCCUCACAGCCAUAAUCGGUGGCAGUGGCUCCGGGAAGACAAGCUUGCUGAAUGUGCUGGCUGGCCGCAUGAACACAGGUCGCGUCAAAAUCUCGGGAUCUGCCACAUUUAACGGGCACGACAACAUCAACAGCGUCCGAAGCGCGUAUGUAAUGCAGCAAGAUGUCCUAAUCCCGACGUUGACUGUACGAGAAACGCUGCAGUACUCUGCGGAUUUGAGAUUACCCCCUCCUACAACCCACGACGAGAGACAAAACGUUGUGAAUAAUGUGAUCCUUGAACUGGGUUUGAAAGAAUGUGCAGAUACGAGAAUUGGCACUACGACCCAUAAAGGAUGUAGUGGCGGAGAGAAGAGGCGGACUAGCAUCGGAGUUCAGAUGUUAAGCAACCCAUCCGUCCUGUUUUGCGAUGAACCUACCACAGGUUUGGAUGCCACCAGUGCCUUUCAGGUCAUCAAAACGCUGAAAGCACUCGCGCGGGAUGGGCGAACGGUCAUUGUUUCCAUCCAUGCUCCGCGUUCGGAGAUUUGGGGCCUUUUCGAUCAAGUCAUCUUACUAUCACGCGGCUCUGUGCUUUACAGUGGCCCGGUUGAUAUGGCUUUAAGCCACUUUGAAGAAUGUGGUCACUCCAUCCCCGCUUUCGUGAACCCAGCAGAGUUCUUGAUUGACUUAGCGGCAUACGAUAAUCGAUCGGAAGAAUCCGAGUUUUUUUCGCGAGAACGUAUCGAAAAGCUCCAGAGAGCAUGGCGCGAAAGCCCCAACAAUCGACUUUUAGACGAGAAGGCCAGCUCUCAAAAUAGGGGCAUCGCAUCGGAAAAGGCCUAUCAGUCGAUCACGCCGCAAAAAGGUGCCAGUUUCGGUCAACAAUUUCGCGUGCUCACAGCCCGUACAAUGAAAAUGACUGUGCGAGAUCCUAUGGGCAUGACAGCCAGCUUGUUCGAAGCUAUCGGUAUGGCUGUAAUGAACGGAUGGGUCUAUCUUCGACUAGACCGUAGUUUAGCUGGGAUAAGGUCACGACAAGGAAGCUUGUACACGGCCAGUAGCCUCAAUGGUUACCUUAUUCUCCUUUACGAAGUUUUCCGUCUAACUACGGAUAUUCAACUGUUUGAUCGCGAGAGAAAUGAGGGCGUUGUUGGCGUUCCAGCCUUUCUCUUAAGCAGACGAGCUGCCCGAUUGUUCCUUGAGGAUUUGCCGGUUCCGUGCCUGUUCUCAGUGAUAUUUUACUUCAUGGUUGGCUACAGGCUUGCUGCGCCGGAAUUUUUCAUCUUCUUAACGCUCAACAUCCUCACUCAAUAUUUGGCGGUGUCUUUUGCAUCCGUCUGUAUUAGUCUGUCUCGGAACUUUCCAGGAGCAAGCUUGGUCGGAAACUUGUCGUUUACCCUACAAACCAUGGCGUGCGGCUUUUUCGUCCAAGCCAACCAGAUUCCCGUUUACGUGCGAUGGAUAAAGUGGAUGACUUACACCUUUUAUGUAUUUGGUGCUCUCUGCGCGAAUGAGUUCAUCGGGCCCAGUGGUCCACCGGAAGGCCAAUUCUACGAUUGCCCAUUCUCAGAUGACCCCUCAGAUCCUUAUUGCAAGGAAUACACCGGGCGAUUUAUUCUGGAAACUCUAGGCCUUCCAUCAAAUUGGAUUUGGCGGCCUAUGGUGGCAUUGGUUGGGUUUAUUACUCUGUUCUUCGGGGCAGCUUAUCUUAUACUUCAAUUUAGGAAAGUUGAUAUGGACAUUGCCCAAUCGCGAAGCUCAGAGGGUGAUCUGUCAGCAGGAAAGGAAAAAUUCGUCGCACGGCUGCCCGAUAAAUCCCAUCAUGUUUCUAUCCGGCUUGAUAACUACGCCCUUGAAAUUCAGAAAAGAAGGAUAGGUAAACGGGGUAUUGAGUCUCGGCGACUGCGCAUUUUGAGACCUAUAUCCGCUGAGUUUCGCCCCGGUCAGCUAAACGUAAUCAUGGGGCCUUCAGGGAGUGGAAAGACCUCAUUACUAUGCUCCAUUGCUCGGAGAUUACACGGUUCUAUUGGCACGAGAUAUCAUCUGAGCGGUCAAAUGCUCUAUAAUAGCUCAGUACCAUCUGAGAACGUGAUUCGAGCAGUAUCGUCUUUCGUUACCCAGGAUGACGAUGCUCUGAUGCCGUCACUUACGGUUCGAGAGUCCCUUCAAUUUGCUGCUGGUUUGAGGCUACCUUCCUGGAUGUCUAAGGAAGAAAAAAACCGACGCGCUGAAGAUAUCCUCCUAAAGAUGGGAUUGAAGGAUUGUGCGGACAAUUUAAUUGGAAGUGACUUGAUUAAGGGCAUUAGUGGUGGUGAAAAGAGAAGAGUUACCAUUGCGAUCCAGAUCCUCACGGAUCCGAAAGUUCUAUUACUCGAUGAACCUACAUCUGGCUUGGAUGCGUUCACAGCGACAUCUAUCAUUGAUGCCUUAAAUGGAUUGGCUGCUGAGGGCCGGACGCUAAUAUUAACCAUUCACCAGGCUAGAUCGGACCUCUUUCAUUAUUUUUCCAACAUCUUGCUUCUAGCAAGGGGUGGGCAUCUUGUUUAUGCUGGAAAGGGAUCUGAGAUGCUGCCUCAUUUCAAACAAUUGGGAUAUCCGUGUCCAGAGGCCACUAAUCCUGCUGACUUCGUCCUGGACUUAAUAACUAUUGAUCUGCAGGAGAAGGGGAGAGAGGAUGCUAGCCGUAAAAGAGUUCAGCGCCUGAUAUCUGGUUGGGAGCAGAACCCGGUAGAGCUCACUCGGCAGACUUCAGUAAUAUCAACCCCGGCCGAGCUGGGAAGCUUGAAGAGGAAGAUGAGCCCGUUUCAUCUUAUGUACCCGCUGGUACUUCGAAGAUCUGCCAUCAAUUUGAGGAGACAACCGCAUCUUCUUGUGGCACGCACAAUGCAGGUAAUAGGCAUUGCUAUUAUCUUGACACUCUUUUUUGCGCCACUAAAAAAGAACUACGAAUCGGUUCAGUCGAGAAUGGGGUUCAUUCAACAGCUUGCUGCGAUGUAUUUUGUUGGGAUGCUACAAUGUAUUGCAAUAUACCCGUACGAACGAGACGUGUUCUACCGAGAAGAAAGUGACAACUGCUACUCCGUCGAAGCCUUCAUUCUGCAAUACACAUCCCUCGAGCUUCCCUUCGAGAUCGCGUCAUCCUUGAUUUUCGGCGUCGUGGCCGCUUUCGCUGUCCGCCUCGAGAGCAGUGUCAAGAUGCUCUUCAUCCUCGCAUUCAACUGUUUCUGUAUUGUAAGCUGUGGAGAGUCGUUAGGUAUAAUGUUCUGCACAUUAUUCUCUCACGUCGGGUUUUCAGUCAACAUAACCUCUGUUCUGCUCUCUAUUUCUACCGUGUUAGGAGGCGUACUGAGUUUGAAUGUCCCCGCCGUGCUUCAAGCGUUUAACCACCUUUCUCCCAUCAAGUAUUCGGUCUCUAAUUUGGCCCCAUAUGCCAUGACGGGUCAGGUGUUCACGUGUACCAAUGCCCAGCGUUUACCCAAUGGAAACUGCCCCAUUGAGACGGGAGAACAGGUUCUCAUGUUGUACAAUCAGGACGACAAAGACCCUGCAAUCAAUGUGAUGGCGUUGGGACUAGUUGCAAUCGGAUACCGGCUUGUGGCAUAUUUGCUUCUGAAAGCAAUGAGAAGCCAUGGUAUAUCGAAGAGUAUCUGGAUCGGCCUAUCCAAAUCUUCCAAGAAACCACAGGCAUGAUCUGGAUGUAUCCUGGUGGAAAUUACGGGGUCAUUUUAGCCAGACUUCACAGAAAGCUUUGUGUGAUGUCAUUAGGUGCAUUUGAGUGAAACAAUGGGUGCUUUAUGUCAUUUUCUAGACUUGUAGCCCUGGAGGUGUACCUUUUUAGCAGCAUAGAGUGCCAUUGCACAAGUGUUCUAGGA